AGACGAAUAUAACUUAGCAACAAUGUUAGAUCCAAGAUUCAAACUGGACUGGUGUGAACCUGACAACUACCAGAAGUUUGAAGAAAUGUUGUUGUUAGAUGUUCAACAGGAACAGAAAAGUAGUGAAACGGUAAUUGAAGACAUUUCUCCACCUAGAAAAAUUGCCAAGAGGGAGAAUUUCUUUAGCUUUAUGGAGACUAGUAGUCCAGCACGCAAACGCCACCAAUCAGGACCAGGAAAGAUCAUUACAGAAGUGGAGGCUUAUCUCAAUGAACCAUGCAUCUAUAAAGAUGAAGACGCAUUGAACUACUGGUCAAGAAAUAGCAUUUCUAGCCCAAUCUUAUCCAUACUGGCAGAAAAGUAUUUAUCAAUACCAUGUACAUCUGCACUUGUAGAGAGGCUGUUUUCAGUGGCUGGAAAUAUAUUUUGCCCAAGAAGAGCUACUAUGAAUGACAAAACAUUUCAAAAUCUUAUUAUGAUUAAAUGUAAUCAAUGAACAUUCACUUCACUGAAGUGUACACAUGUGAAAUACUUGUUAAAAAAAUAAUCAGUAAAAUAUGUAAAAAUACAUGAUUAUUUCAUUUUUGAUUGACAGUGUGUAAUCAUUCAUACUAUAAAAGUACUGGUACUGGUACUUAAUUACUUCCUAAAAAAAAGUACUGGUACUGCAGUACCAAGCUAAAAUCUAGUACUG